AUGAAGCAGUGGUUCGGGGACUUGAAUUUGAAUGUUAUUCUCAGAAUGGUUGCAGGGAAGAGAUAUUUUGGUGCAACUGUUGAUGGGGAUAAAAUAGAGGCAAGGCAGUGCCAGAAAGUGUUGAGGGAUUUCUUUCAUUUAACUGGAAUUUUUAUUGUGGCUGAUAAUAUCCCUUACCUUAGAUGGUUGGAUAUAGGUGGAUAUGAGAAAAAAAUGAAAGAAACUGGAAAAGAAAUGGAUAAAAUUGUUGAGAAAUGGUUGGAAGAGCACAAGCAAAAGGCAAAUUCUGGUAGUAAGCAGGAUUUUAUGGACGUGAUCCUUUCAGCUAUUGAGGGCACAAACCUUCAAGAUUAUGAUCCUGGCACAAUCAUCAAAUCUACAUGCCUAAUCCAAUAA